UAGGUAGGAGAUGUCACUGAGGAUACUUUAGUGGGACUCCGAGCUUGGACACUGUGCGCAGGAAAAUGCAUCUUUGGAUCGCUUGCGUUUUGCUGAGCGCAACCUCUGUAUGUCUAGCAUGGAUGUCAGAUAAAGGGAUAUGUGGACAACUGUGCGCGUGCGAGGAGAGAGAAGGGAUACUCACUGUCAGCUGCGAAAACAGAGGAAUUGGGAGCAUCGCUGAAAUAAACCCACUAAACUUCCCCCAGUUUCAUCUGCUCCUCACUGGGAAUUUUUUAAGAAAGCUCCCCGCCAACGACUUCCUUGAAUAUCGAGGACUCGCCAUAUUGCAUCUGGGAAAUAAUGAGAUAGGAGAGGUGGAAGCUGGAGCUUUUAAUGGACUUCAGGGAUUAAAACGAUUGCAUCUCAACAAUAACAAAAUUGAUGCCUUGAGAGAGGAGAUGUUCUGGGGCCUUGAAAGUCUGGAGUAUCUGCAGCUUGAUUAUAAUUACAUAACUCAAGUGGCUCCCAAUGCCCUCGGCCGACUUCAACACCUGGAGGUGUUGAUUCUGAACGAUAACUUGAUAUCCAUUCUGCCUGUGAACAUCUUCCAGCAAGUCCCACUGACUCAUCUGGACUUGAGGGGCAAUCAGUUGAAAGUCCUCCCCUACUCGGGUCUGCUGGAGCACAUGAACAGCGUGGUGGAGCUGCAGCUGGAGGAAAACCCGUGGAACUGCUCCUGUGACCUGAUUGCCCUCAAAACAUGGCUGGAGAGCAUUUCGUACACGGCGUUGGUGGGCGACGUUGUUUGCGAGUUCCCCUUUCGGCUCCACGGGCGGGAUCUCGACGAGGUCUCCAAGCAAGAAUUGUGUCCCAGAAGAGCCAUCGCUGAAUACGAGAUGCCACCGCAGCCACAUUUGAGCACGGAGGGCAGCUACAGGAGCACGCCAGCCCUUGCCACGGCCUCCUUGACCUCAUCUGGGAUUGCGAGGUCCUCGUCGAGGCCCACCAAGGGACCUCGGCAGUCGGGUAAACUAAAAUCAAGACCAACUUCUCGACAAGCGGCAAACAAACCUCAGAAUUAUGGCCAGAUUAUUUCGUAUCAAACUAAAUCUCCCGUGCCUCUGGACUGCCCAUCCGCCUGCACUUGCAACCUUCAGAUUUCAGACCUCGGCCUCAACGUCAAUUGCCAGGAGCGAAAGAUCGAACACAUUUCCGAUUUAGAACCCAAACCUUACAACCCCAAAAAGAUGUAUCUCACUGGGAAUUAUAUCCCUGUGGUGCGGAGAACAGAUUUCAUUGAGGCAACCGGAUUAGAUUUGCUUCAUCUAGGCAACAAUCGCAUCGCUCAAAUCCAUGACAAAGCUUUCGGUGAUUUGACUCAUCUCAGGAGACUCUAUCUUAAUGGGAAUUUGAUAGACCAUCUUACCGCGGAUAUUUUCUUUGGACUCGACAGUCUGCAGUUCCUAUAUUUAGAAUACAACGUGAUUAAGGAAGUCACUGCAGACACAUUCCAGCACGUCCCUAAACUACAACUCCUGUUUUUAAACAACAACCUCUUGAAAACAUUACCGGUGGGAGCAUUUCGCGGCCUCACACUGGCCCGCCUCAAUCUUCGCAGCAACCACCUGCGAUAUUUGCCGGUCAGCGGCGUGCUCGAUCAGCUCGCAGCGCUGGUGCAGGUGGAUUUGUAUGAGAACCCCUGGGAUUGCUCGUGCAGCAUUCUUGACUUAAAGACGUGGCUAGAGCAGCUCAGCACUGGCACGGUUGUCAACAAUGUCAUCUGCGGCUCGCCCAAGAGGCUCGCUGGGGAAGACAUGCGAUACAUCAAGACAGCUAAUUUCUGCCCUAAUAACUCGGCCGUACUGGCAUCCAUGAUCCCCCCCUCGGAGGAAUCCUUCCCCGGCAGCACCAUCACCAUAGAAACGUCACUGGACUCCGACACGCAGUACGGUGCCAUCCCUUUAUCUGUGAUGAUUCUUGCCCUCCUCUUCAUGUUCAUUAUGUCCGUGUUCGUGGCUGCAGGACUGUUUGUAACAAUGCGAAAGAGACACCUAAAGAGUCAAAAUGAGCAAAAUAACUCCAUGAAUGCUUGCAUUAGUUCUCUCAACAUGGAGUACGGACUAUACAAAAAGGGAUCCGUCCCAAAGGUCAGAACAUCGGCUGGACACGUGUACGAGUAUAUUCCAUCCCCGUCUGAGCAAACGUGCAGAACUACAGGUCACGCUUCUGCCGAAAGCAAAUCUGCCGAGGGAUUUCAGGACUUCGAAGAGUUAAGCGGCGCCUUCCCGGGCAACUCGGAUGAAGAAGCAGCGAGUAAUGUAAUAGGCUCGGAAUACAGCACCACCGCUUCGGAGCCUCUAAAUAAGCCCUCCAGCAUGAAACAAGAUGAUCCAUUGUACUACAGAGAAGUCCUCGAUACGGAGCAGAAGCCCCGCUACAGCAAUACCUUACCUUGCAGGCACACGGCACGUCUGGCCAGUCAGUACGCAUCGGACUUUGAGGCAAGGCCGCAGUACGUGCAUCCUGACAGAGUGCAACAGACAAUACUGUACUGCACAACACCAAGUACUGUUUACGUAGAGCCAAACAGGAGUGAAUAUUGGGAACUGAAGGCAAAGCUUCACAUUGAUCCGGAUUACCUUGAGGUUCUUGAAAAAAGAACAACAUUUACACAGUUUUAA